AUGUGGGUCAAUUCCGGAACCGUCGGAAGGGCCCUCUCCAUGGAUAUAGACACAGACUAUGAGCGGCCCAAUGUGGAAACCAUUAAAUGUGUGGUGGUAGGGGAUAAUGCAGUAGGCAAGACCAGGCUAAUCUGUGCCCGGGCCUGCAAUGCCACCCUCACACAGUAUCAGCUGCUUGCCACCCACGUGCCAACCGUCUGGGCCAUCGACCAGUACCGUGUAUGCCAGGAGGUGUUAGAGAGAUCUCGUGAUGUAGUGGAUGAGGUCAGUGUGUCCCUGAGGCUAUGGGACACAUUCGGGGAUCAUCACAAAGACAGACGAUUUGCCUAUGGCAGGUCUGACGUAGUGGUGCUUUGCUUCUCUCUGGCUAAUCCCAAUUCCCUGCGCCAUGUACGCACCAUGUGGUUCCCGGAGAUCAAGCACUUUUGUCCCCGGACACCCAUCAUUCUAGUUGGCUGCCAGCUGGAUCUGCGCUAUGCUGACCUGGAUGCAGUUAACCGUGCAAGACGACCCUUAGCCAAACCAAUCAAACCUACAGAUAUCCUUCCCCCAGAGAGAGGCCAUGAGGUGGCAAAGGAACUUGGGAUUCCCUACUAUGAGACCAGCAUUGUUGCCCAAUUUGGAGUCAAAGAUGUUUUUGACAAUGCCAUCCGGGCCGCUCUCAUCUCUCGUCGUCACCUGCAGUUCUGGAAGUCCCACCUGAAAAAGGUCCAGAGGCCCCUUCUCCAGGCGCCAUUCCUGCCCCCUCGCCCGCCUCGCCCCAUUGUGGGCAUCCCAGACCCCCCUCCCGCAGACGGCGAGGGCCCUGAUUCCCUUUUCUGUCAUCCACUAUGUGCAGAUGUGCUUUUCCUUCUGCAGGGUGGUGCCACUCGCGUCUUAGCACACAAAAUCUAUCUGGCUACUUCCUGCUCAAAGUUCUAUGACCUCUUCACCCUUGAUCUUGGUGGAUCAUGUAUGGGACCAAAGGGGGAUGAACAGGAGAACAAGGAAAACUUGGAGAGUGGAGAGGAAGAUGAGCAAAGCAGGAGAGGAGCCAAGGAGCAAGCUGGGCGCACUAAGAGCCUGGACAUUGAUAAAGACGGGGUUGAUGGAGGGGUGCGGGGCCUGAAUCGACCCCAGCUACUCCAACAAGGCUCUUUGAGGACUUCCCAGAGUGAUAACGCACUUCCAUCUCGAGCUCUGUACACCCUGGGUGCACUAGGCACUGGUCGAGCACUUUCAGGAUGGGGAAGGGGGUUUCUGAGCGUGUGCCUGGAGCACGUUGAUGAUCCCAUGACUGGACGACCACGACUCAUGACUGUUGUAGCCAUGGAUGCACUUAUACAGGAAGAACCAUUCAAGGCGGUGCUUCAGUACCUGUACACAGGCAGUCUGGAUGAGGCCAGAGGGGAUCUGAUGCAGGUGGCUACCAUCGCAGAGCUACUGGAGGUGUUUGACUUGAGGAUGAUGGUGGCCAAUGUUCUCAACAGAGAGAGCUUCAUGAACCAGGAGAUCACCAAGGCCUUCCAUGUCCGCAGAGCCAAUCGCAUCAAGGAGUGUCUCAGUAAAGGGACCUUUGCUGAUGUGGUGUUCCGCCUGGACGAUGGCUGCCUUCCGGCCCACAAGCCCCUGCUCAUCUCCAGCUGCAGCUGGAUGGCUGCCAUGUUUCGUGGCUCUUUCAUGGAAAGUUACACUGAAGAGGUACCUAUUCCUAACACCAGUACAGCCUGUAUGCGUGGGGUGCUGGAGUUCCUGUACUGCGGCCUGCUGACGCCCUGUCCUGGUCUGGAGCCCAUGGAACUAAUUGUUCUGGCCAACCGUCUCUGUUUGCCACGCCUUGUUGCCCUCACAGAACAGCAUGCUGUGGAUGAGCUUCUCCAGUUGGCAGUGAAAGGGGGUGACAUUGAUGGACAGGUGUUGGCUUAUCUUGAGCUUGCACAGUUCCACAAUGCUAAGCAACUAUCAGCUUGGUGUCUCCAUCACAUCUGCACUAAUUAUAACAGCAUCUGCCGCAAGUUUCCCAAAGACAUGAAGGCCAUGUCUCCAGAAAACCAGAGGCACUUUGAGAAGCAGCGCUGGCCUCCCGUGUGGUUCCUAAAGGAGGAGGACCGCUAUCUGCGCUCUCAGAAGGAGCGCGAACGUGAGGAGGAGAUCUUGCGCAAGCAACACACCAAACGGGGCUGGUGUUUCUGGAGACACCCGUCCUCUUCUCCCCACGUCUCCUAAAAGGGUUUCCUCCACUGACUUCUUCGUCCUUGCCUGGGUCAUCCCACCCAGGAUAACUAACCCCCCUGUUCCGCUUAUAGAGGAGGUCGGCUUUGAACCCUCUAUCAGUCAAGAAAUGACUCUCAGUGCUACUAUGCCUGAACGUCAGCAUGUUUGGGGGAAUGUAUGUGCCUCUUUAUAAUUGUGGGUGACUUCAUGAGUGCAUUUUGGAAUGCUUGUAGACCUGUGUGCGGAUGUGUGGGUGUAUGUUUGCGAUUGAUGAUUGAGUGAUGCUUCCGACUUGAGUGCUUCCCAGACGUCCUGAUGUAUAAGGGCCUGCGGCAUUGCAGUGCAGCCCCUUGUCCCCCUCCACAUGAGCUCUGUUCCUCCACCAGCACUCAACAGUGUCCCCAGCCUUUGAGUGAUUGGACUGGGAGCAAGGGCUCUCUAUCUCUCUCAGUCUCCAUCCUUCACAUUGACCUUAAUGACUAUUACACAUUGACCACCACGGCUCCUCUCGUGGAGCUUACCUCUGCCUUCACUUCUACGCAGACUGUUAGCUUGCACACACAGACCCGUGCGAAAGAUCCAUCCCUCUAAAACCAGCACUGGAUUCCCAGGAACUGACACUUACAAUGUAAUUAUUUUGAUAUUAUUAUUUUUGCGCCUUCUAGGACACUCUUAUCAGGGUUAACGGCGUACACUACUCCCAGGAAGUGUUGAGGACCUUGAUUGCCAUUGGAACCGCAGAGAUGGGAGUCUUAUCCCCAGGUUUGAGUGUAAGGGCAACCUUAAAACCAUUGGCAAGUUAGGAUGCUCCAGUAAGGAGGCUUGAUCAUAGCUAUUAGCCUGAUGUGGUCCCAUCAUCUCCCCCUGUACCUCCCUCCUCCUGCACACUGCAUGUGCAAAAAACAAAAAGCAAAAUGAGUUGGAUUCACCAAACUGCACUUCAGAGACAUUCAAAGUGACCACUCUAUAGCAAUGACGGGGGUAAAUAGGGCUAGCCUUACUUGAUACCUCUGCCAUGGAGGACUGAUGGACACAGUAUUAUACUAAUCCACUUGUAACGUCCAUGACCACUAGGUUGCGUUGAAGCUCAGCCAGCCUGCCUUUACAGCCCUACACCAUUAGGGGCAGCACUGCUCAGGACCCUGGCACUAACCCUCACACUAACUAACAGGAGUUUUUUUAUGCCUGUCAUCAGUAUAACUUCAAUUAUUGCAAAGUGUUAGAAAGAAAGCUAAAGCACAUUCACAGUAUUAUCAGUGCAUUUAAAACCUGACUAUUGAUUUUCACCUAAUUUUGAAUACCAAAGCUGUGAUUUUUUUUUUCUUUUUUAUAUAUAUAUAUUAUUUAUCUCUUUCUUCCUCACUCCAUCCCUGGGUCCCUGCUUCCUUUAGUGGCAAGAGGGAAUGGAGAAGAAAAUGACUUCAGAGAAUAAUCAAAUCCCUCCUCGCAGUGGUGUUUUCAGUCUGUGGUGUCAGGAGAAAAAGUGUCACUGCUGGACAUUGCCUUCCAUUCCUCUUGCUGGAAUCGAAAAUGGUGCUUCAGACACAACAAGACAGUGUCCACAUGAACACACAGACACACACGCGAUUAUAUGUUCACGUUCUAAGUGUCUGUCUAGCUGUUUAGUGUUUACCUGUGAUGAACGUGCAGAAAUGUAAUAAUGGUAUUCAAAUUUGACACAUGAGCUUUUUUUUUUUUUUUCAAACUCAUUUUUUCUUCUGCAUAUGCUGAUAGUUUGUAAGACGUCAUAAUAGGUCACUGCUUUUAGAAUGUGUAGAUUUCUGAUUUUUACAUACAGUGGUUACAAUGUAAUGUCUUUUGCUGCUUUUGUAUUCACUAACAUAGGGAUGUUUUGCUUCCUUUUUAACCAGGAAAAUAAUAAUACUUAAGAUUGCAGUCGUGAGCGUCUCAAACGGCUUGAUAUUAUCUGCGUAUGAGAGCAAAUUAGAUUUUCUUGUUAAGGGUGCUAAUUUCUUUGGGCUUUAGGACUGAAUGUGAAAACGAGACUUUGUGGUGAUGAGUUUCUAUUAGCACGUCGUUCUAUUUGUGGGUUUUUUUUGCGCCCCUCAGCUUUGCCCAGGCAACUGUAGGAGAUAGAUAGAUUGUGUGAAACAUGUGGUGCGUUCUGCCGUUGUCCAUGGGAGGCGUGUUAAAGUCAUUGUCAGGCACCGAAAUAGAAGUCUAGAUAGAAUCUCACGAGACCCAAGUGAGAAUUGAGCUGAUUCCUCUCUGAAAAAGAGUGAAAGUGGAGUAAAAGUGAACAAGUCUCAGUCAGUAUUACAUGCAGCCUACAUAUUUUAGAAUCUCUCCACGGAUAUUUCAGCUCAUCCCACUGCAGGGUUUUGGGAAUUUAAAGAUGAGACCUAAAGAGGAGACAGUUGGUUGGCUGUUUUUUGAUGGACUUCUAUGGCCUCUUUUUAGCUCCCCAUAGAAGGAAUGGCUAUUAGAUUUGUCUUAUUAAUGUUUGGUAUGACCCAUUAAGCCUCUUCUCUUGGUCCAUGUGCCUUAUAGUUGGACAAAAGUAAAAAACUAGUUUGGGAUUUUUGCAACACCUUAGUUGAAAACCUGCAGACAGAUUCUGCAGUGAUUGACCUGAUGGAUACAGUAGACACUGACCACCAUAAUGUUACACUUGUAAAAAAAGAUUGUGGUGUUGCUUUAUGCACUCUCAGCCUUUAUCCUUACUGGAGGGGAUUUUUUUUUAGCCUGUGGAAACUCUUUAGGUAUACUGCUUGUUUUAUGCAGACAAAUGGUGUUGAAUUAAACUCUUCUUAUAGCGUAGUAGUAUGUUUUCUAGCUGUGUAGUUUAGAUGGUGAAGAACUCGCGUCGUGGUUUGAAAUCUUCACUGAGCAGGUGAUUUGAAGAGGUGGGUUUAAAAAACGACUAACAGGUUGAUUCCUGUAGUGUAAGCUUUUUGAAUGAGCACUAGCUGGCCUGUGUGCUGUGAGGGUGCAACCACUUUUGGAAUGUGGUUAAUUUGCAUGGUGGCCUAACUUUGUCAUCAUAAUGACACUUGGCGUUGGAAUGCACUUUCUUCUUUAUUUGUCUCGAACUAUACCUUUCUGUGCUUAGCAUGAAUAGUUCAUUAUGUAAGAUUGUUUUUUGAACAUGAUGAUUGUAGCACGAUAUUUCCCCUUAAGUCUUUCAAAUUUCCCCUGACUUGUCCAGCUUCUUGUUUAAGGUCUAGCUGGCACUGAACCCACACAGUAGCUCUCUUUCUUGCUAUGUGGCUUUAUGCACAACUCAGUUUUUACUAAAUUAGCUCAGCACAGUCGGCUUAAGGUAGCAUCACUAAACAUACAACUUUAAAUAAGAUGCUGGGACAUUCGUUUGGAAAACUAAUGCAGAGGAUCUGUUGCUGCUGUGCAGUGCUACAGCUUUCCCUUUUAUGCUGUUCGUAGUAGGUAGAUGGCAUAAAACCGAUAAACAUAAAAAAGCUAAAUUUUAACUGAAAACGAGUAUUCUGAUGCACAUAUUUUAAGAAUGUUCUAAAUGGCUAAAAGCCAAGUGCAAUGUUUGAGUCUAGCCUGCAUGUAAUGACAGAGGAAUUGGAUAAAGCAUGAUGCAUGUUUUUGGAGAUUGGCAUAAGCUUGCAUCAGAGUUUUUUAACCUUGGGGUCGCGACCCUAUCUGGUGUCACUUGGUACACAUAUAGGGUUGCGGGAAAUUUCGAAUAAAUUAAAAUAAUAUAAAAUCAAUUAAAUACUGUACGUUUGAAAUGUCAUAAUCAUUAUAAUUUUGCAUUUGGAUAUUUGGACUCUAAUUAUUGGGGAGGAAAUUAAGAAUUGUGGGAACGGGGUCAGAUAAGGUUGAGAAACUCUGAUAUAUAGAGAAGGAAAGAUUGAGAUGCAGAAUUUUUAAACCUUGUUAGCUUUAUUCAGCCUUCAAUAUUUGCUCCACACUGACCCCUGCAGGCCAAAGUUACACUCAUUUCGAUUGUCUUGUUCUGGCUCAUCCUUUUUACUGUCACAUUCUCCACAUUUGUUUUUGGGUCGGAGGUUUUCUUGCUUCCUAGCAGGCCUGAUCCUCCUUUUUUUUUUUUUUUUAACUGUGAGGCCUAGUGAUUGAGAGAACACCUUGUUUUUGGUAGUCUUUGGUGUCUCCUCUCCUGUGCCUUCAGUGAAAUCUCGCUCUUUUGGCUCAGUACAGGCUGACGUGCACACGAUGCACCUGUUAGACUUCUGGGCUCACAAUAAAGUAGAUUAAAGCCAAGAAAUACACACAUGUGAGCACAGAAAGAAAAGUAGGCAGCUUUCUUUAAUGUACAGUAAUCUCAGCAUAGUUACUGGCUAUUGGGGGUCAUAAUGAUAGCUUCCAAUUAUAAUUAAGGAGCUUUACAAGUGUGUGAUAUCAACUAUGCUAAAGCUACGCAACACGUAAUGAUGAUAUGACCAAGAAACCCAGCAAACCAGCAGUUUUAAAAUGUUUUCGCACUCUUUCAGGUGCCUGCACUUUCUAUUAUGUAGCCUAUUACAACUUUUUUGUAAGACUUUAUAUUUACCAGUUUUCUUGAUCAGAAUUUAAAUAUCGUAUUACUUUUUUCACUUUCUAAUGAUCUCUUACUCAAAUUCAACAGUAUGCUCUAUUACUUCCACUAUUUAGCUGCAAUUUACUAUGUUGCAAUCGUGCAUAAAGUCAGUAUAUUCUAGGUUGGGGAACAGCAUCUGUGAACUACUGGUUGGAUUAAAGGCAGAUAUUAGCUGUGACAACUAUAUAUACAGUAUGCUUUAUUGGAGAUAGUUGUUAUCCAAACUACAAUACAGUGUUGUGAAUUUUAUAUGAGACCUGGCUGGAAUUAAUCACCUUAUAACUGCUCAGCACACUGUAUGUAUUUACUAAGCAUAGGACUGUAUGCACAGAGAGACCCGGGAGAGGGAGUGUUUAUAUAGACAGACAUCGUGUGAUUAACCCCUGGUCUAAACUGUAAUUUUUAAGUGGAUCGUAUAUCCUGUAUAGUAUUGUCAUGCACUUUUGUUUCCAUGGACUCGUAUGUCUCUUAACAUUAACAUUUACUGCUCAUGUUAUUGUGUGUAUUAAAAUAGAAAGGCGAAAGAAAGAGCACACCACACUCACCAUUAAGGGCUUUCAAGAAAAUAUACAACAAUCAGAAUGUUUUGCUGCUGUUGCAAAAAAAAAAAAAAAAAAGUUUUGAAACUAAAAAAAUUUGUAAUAUUUUUGAACCACUGUGAUUUGUACAAAAAUAAAAAAAAGAAAAGGAAAAAAAAGAAACAAACAAAAGUAGAUUUUUUUUCUUUUUUUUUUGCCAUUUCAGUAUUUUGAUGUUUGACAUGGAUUUUAUUAAAACUGUUAAUCUUU